CCAGGAGCUCGCGCUCGCCGCUCCGCCCUACCAACUGGGGCGCUCGCGGCGCGGGCGCUGAUCGUCUGCACCACGGCGGGGCGGUGGUGGUUCGCCAACGCUGCCUUGCUCUCGUACAUCAGGGACUGGGGGGUCCUCGACGCGCCCCUCUCGAGGCCGCUGGUGGAGCCCGAGGACGACGCGUCCAAGAAGGACACGAGAGAGUCGGAGCGGCUGAGCCUCGACGACUAUCGGCGGAUGCGGAUGUACCGGAAGAAGAAGAACGACACAAGUUGGAUCUACGUGAAGCUGGACCACGCCCUCUUGGUGGGCGGCAUCAAGGAUCGGGCGAAGCGGUCGAGUCGUCGGCGGCCUUGCUGGGACUACGUAUCCUUCCCUGCCCCCGCGGCCAGCGAGAGGACGGGCGUCCUGGAGAAGGCCCUGGAGAGGCCGCUCGAGGCCAAGCUGUAUCUGUCCAACGCUCACGGCUAUGGGACCUCCUUGUCCUGGUUUCGCUCUGGGCUAGCUGGCGCGUGGAGCACAUGGAGCUGGGGGUCGACGGUGGGUUUCGCCAUCUUCUCCGGGGGAGUGGCCGUCUCUGGCAACCUGUGGCGGUGGAUGCGAGGGGUGGUGGAGGAGCUCGAGGAUGGCCACCGCUCGCUCCUCGUAGCCGACGACGGCCGAGGGGGCUGUCGCGACCUCUACCUAGGCGGCAGGCUCGAGACUUCCAUCAUGAUCUUCACCGCUUUUGUGGCCCCCGGGCCAAGUCUCUGGAGUUGCUGCCAGCAGAUGCCAUCGCCACGGCUAGCGGGGGAAACGCCUCCAGGGAUCGCCAUGGACAGCGACGGGGAGGCGGGCCCCUCCAGGGCGGGUUCGUCGGACGAGUCGGUGCCAGCCAAGGGCAUGCAGGAGAUGCCAGCCACGAGGAGCAGCCUGUUCGACGAGAUCAUCCGUCCACGGUCGGAGUCGCGUCGUGCCCGCACGAGUCAGAGCACCUCGUCGGCAGCGUCCCCUGGAGAGAGCAGUCACGCCAGCGGGAAACGAUUACCCCGUGGCGCGACCGAGCCCCGCCUGGACCGCCAUGGAGACAGGAUGAUCGACUGGUUGAAGCGUUUCGAGGACACGAGCAAUGCGGACAAGGCCUCGCAGGGACGCCAGCCCCCGCAGGCCGCGUCGCCCACGGCGGCCACGUCGGGUUCUGCGACGUGUCCUUCCAUCGACCUGGGAACGACGGAUAUGCUGGCGGGCGCGGGGAGAAGCCCCGAGCCGUUGAUGAAGGUACGCUGGGGCCCCAGGGAGCGGGCGCUGGCCGACCUCGGGAAGAUCGAUGCGCUGCCCGCCGUCACCCGCCUCGCGGGCCUCACCUCUCACGUGGCGCCAGAGUUGCUGGUCAAGACCUACGGGGCGGACGCCAGCUUGGGCAAGUUCGCGACGGACUGGGUUCGCCCCAGUUGGCCGAGUCGCGACCACCUCGGCCACCAGAGGAUGCUGCACUGCAUGAAGCUGGAUCGGAGGUCGGAGGCCUCGCCCGAGCUCACCCAGACGGCGAGGUACGAGACCCUGGGCGCCCGAGUCUACGCGCCGAAGCGGGCGUUCGAGGACGUGGCAGGCAUCGUCGACGGGAAGCAGCCUCGGGACAGCGGGGCCGACAAGUGGAAGUCUAGGGUGUGCUGGGACCUCACGGACAAGCUGGACGGGAGGCCUCUCACGGAGGGCGAGGAGGCGCUCACGGGAAAGGAGCGCUACUUGACGGCCAGGCUGCAGCAGAGGGUUCUUCAACAUGCGUAUCCGCAGAUGGAGGGCUCGGACGCGGCAACGGAGGAGGACGAGCAGACGGGGGGAUGGUCUCCCCCGUCCGUGGAGCCCUGCGGGCCGUUCCUCGAGACCGAGACCCUCUGCCGGGCUGGCCGCUGCUGCCCUGGUCGGAGGUUCCUGGAGGCGUGGCUAGCUUGGGGCAGCCAGGUGGCCGCGAUCAAGGUGGACGAGGACGCUGCCCUUUGGACCGUGGACAUCUGCCCGCUGGCCACCGAGGACCUCUCCGACGGUGCGGGAAGGAUGACACGCAAGCCCAACCCCGCCAUGGAAGGGGAGCUGAAGGGCCAAAAGGUCUACCGAGAUCCGUCUUUCCGAUCGAGGACAUUUCUUCCCAUCCUGGCCGAGAAGCCCUGGGAGGCAGGGAUGCUGGGGACCACCGACGAGCUGGUCGAGGGCGUCCCGCUCUUCGUGGUCAGCCAAGAGCGCCAGAUCCGCGCCAUCUGGGACUGGAGGCGGGCCAACCUCCGCUGGCAGACGCCCCUGCACGGGCCCCUGGGCAGCUCCGCGACCCUGACCAACCUGGACCUCUCCAAUCUCGGCGAGACGGACGUGGUCUACACAGGGGUGGGCGAUAUCCCCGACAGGUUCGACCGCUUCGAGACGCCGCCCGACGUCUGGCUCUACUUUGUCUUGGAGGGGCUGCCCCUCCACGAGUUCUUCGACUACAUGAGGACCACAGGGCAGGGCUACGCCAUCCCCUAUGGCGGGCCCCUCCUGGCGGUGAAGGUCUUGGUCAUGGGCCGGCCGUGGCUCCUGCCUCUGGCCCACUCCAGGCCGAAGGCUCUCACGGCGCGCAGGCUCUGGGCGGACUCCGGGGGUGCGCGCCUGGUCUACGGGGCUCCGACGCACAAAUUGAUCGGGCCCGUCGAGUUCGAGUCAGGGAGCUGGGCGUACAUGGACGACUACGUGGUCGUGGCCACGUGCGCCAGCGGGCGGCAGCCAGUGAGCGAGGUCAUGGGGAGGCUGACGGCCCGAGUCAAGUACUACUUGGGGAAGGUGAGGCGCCCAGAGACCGCCAAGACGCCGUUCCGCCUCACAGACGCGGCGAGGUGGGGGCUGACGACGAUGGCCUACUGCGCCACGCUCAGGCACACGGAUCUCGAGGCGCCCUGGCUCUCGCAGGUGUCUGUGAUGGGUAUGACGGGCUCCAGGGACAAGGGCCACGGGGUUGCAGUCACCGAGGCCUCGCUGGAGGAGAUCAGGACGGACACGGGCUACACCGAGAUGAGAGGGUGGACGAUCGCCACCGACGCCUGGGUCCCCCACGUUGGGGGGUGUACCUACGACGUGGACGAGCUCGCCGAUGCGUCGGCUACACCUCCGCCGCGGGUCAGUCGGAGGGCCCACCAGGCGCUCUACCUCUUCGCGGGCAAGCGCCGAGAGGGGGACCUGAAGGAGGCCAUCUACGCGCGUGCGGAGUGCGACGGUUACGAGAUCAAGGUCUGGUCCAUCGACUCGGUGAUCGAGCCGAAGUACGACCGCCCCAACGACGAGCUGGUCAGCGUGAUUCUGGGCCAGACGCACGACGGGCACUUCCACGCAGUGAUUGCCCCGCCGCCAUGUUCCGCCUGGAGUCGAGCGUGCUUCCUGAAAGAGAGGCCCAGGCCCCCGCGGACGCGCCUCGAGCCUUGGGGGCGGAGCGACAUACUACUCACCACCUUCGAGCACCUCCGUCUGGACCUUGGGUCGCGCCUCCUGCUCACGGCCAUGCAGGCGGUCCGCGAGGUCUGCCGAACCGGUGGCCUGUGCCUGACGGAUCACCCCGCGGACCCAGAGGAGGACCUGUACACGUCUAUCAGGAACCCCCCCGAGAUGGCCUGCCUCUGCGAGGAGACGGGCGGCCAGAUCCAUCAGAUCGACCAGGGCCGCUACGGAGCUUCGCCGAUGGACUCGACCAUGAAGGGCAUCUUCGGGGUCUACGACGACGCACUGGACCUCGCCGUGGGCCGUCUCCGCCCGAGAGGCAACCACCGAGGGAGGCAUCCAGCGAUACUCGAGGGGCGAGUGGAGCGGGGCCGCCCCGACAUCUGCACCGCCUCCGCCCAGGCUUGCCAGCCCCUGCGGUGCGCCGCGCGAGGGAGGGCGAUCCUCGAGGCGUUGGCCCGCAUGACGAAGGAGAUGAAGGGCCCCGAUCCAGCGUGCUCGUGGGCCUCUCCAGCUACGACGCCAUUCGGGCCGCCGAG